AUGGCAAGGGUCCGUACUUCACAUCCGAAUGCGACAGAUGCAUCAACAAGUCGAGCAGUCCGAGGUCGGAAGCCGCGCAUGAAGAAAAUGUCAGCUGUGAAGCGAAAAGUUGGUCGUCCACUUGGUAUUGCACGUCGAAUGGCUACGACUAAUAAAUUAUCGAAACGGUUUGUUGGAAUUCGCAUGCCAAGGAUACAGAAAGGGCGAGGACGAGGUGGGGUGCGAAAAACUGGUCCAUCAACUCACACACCUCUCAAUCGAAGUCCUCAUGGCAAGCUGUCUCCGAUCAAGACCCGAAGACUUCACAAGUCGAAACAGUUAAAUGUAUCCAGAUGUACUAUUUGCAAAACUUCCGAUGGAGAUCUCUCUUCCUGCACUAAGUGUCACAAAUUAUAUCACCUUUACAAAUGUGUAUUAUAUUCUUUGGACAUGGUUUCUCGUGCAUCUCAGGUGAAGUGGCUUUGUCCAAAGUGUAUUCGUUGUUCAGCUUGCCAGUUAAUGAUUGAUGAUCCAACAAAUGUUGAAUGCGUGAAUUGUCUUCGGGCUUGGCAUGGUGCAUGCAAGCCAGCAAAUAGCGCUGAACUGGAUCGUCUUUGGUUCUGCAAUAUUUGUUUGAAGGGUGUGAACCAGCCAAGAAGUCUGAAGAGAAGUGGCAGCGAAAAAGGGCGCAGAUUAUCGAAGAAUCCUCCAAUAUCGACUCCUUCAGCAACUAUUUCAACAUCCACAAUUGAACCGGGUAGCAAUGAAACUCCUCGUCGGAAGCGUGGCAGGCCGAAGGGAAGUAGGAAAUCAGGCCAUGUUGCAGUAGCCGACAUUUCCUUGCCUAGCUGUUCCAAUGCUCCUGCGGAAUCUACCGUGGAGGAGGUGAAGGAGUUCGGAAAUACUCCGAAAUUUGUCCCAUCUCCACAUAAAACUCGAAGAGAGUUCGGUUCUAGUCCUCAAAGGAAGUCGUUGCUACCCGACCAGCCCGAAGUGUGCUCUACUAGUGUGGGAGGGAAACUGUUCGAUGUUGCACUUGCCAAAAUGAAAGAAAUGGAGGUGGACAAGAAAGCUAAUUUGCCGAAGGAUAAGGAGCAGUGGGUGAACUUUGGAGGGGAGUCUGAUAUAAAGGUCCUUUAUGAAAGUCCUUACCCUGAUGACAUAAAGAGCGUUCCGUUGUUUUUUAUUUGCGCCUACUGCUUGAAGCCCUUCAGCGAGCAGUCUUCGUUCUUCGUUCACCAG